AUUUACUAUUUAUCAUUUGAAACCCCAGAUUCUCCUUGGAGUCCCAGCAUUAAUGUUCCCUCUGACCUGAAGGAGCAUCAGUCUGUCACUGUAACCUGCUCAGCUUUCACUCCCUGUCCACACUCACCUCCUGAACUCACCUGGAAUCUCCAACAAGACUCUCUCAGACAAACAGAGAAAAACACAGAUGGAACCUUUACAACUAAAAUCCAGGAGACCAUCACUCUGUCAGACACACAUGAUGGAUACAACAUCAGAUGUUCUGCCAGAUAUCCUGUGAUUGGAGGAAACAAGACAGCAGAGACAGAAGUGACUCUCAGUGUUUCAUAUGCUCCUAGAAACACCUCAGCAUCCAUCAGUCCAUCAGGUUUGGUGUCAGCAGGUAGCUGGGUGGAGCUGAGCUGCUCCAGCAGAGCCAAACCUCCACCCAGAUUCAUCUGGUUCAGGAACAGUGAACAUGGAGACAUUAAUGUAUCUGUGGGGCAGGUUUACAGCUUCAACGCCACUGAGCGAGGAAAAUAUCACUGUUUGGCCACAAAUCAUCUGGGGAAAGAGAUAUCAUCAGGGAUCGUUCUGAGGUUUGAAGUUUCGUCACAGCAAUCUGAACACUGGGUGGGAAUUUGCAGUGGAAUCAUUAUUACGAUCAUCGUUCUUGUUGUCUGUAUUCGCAGUGCUAUCGUUUGCUGGAGGAGAAAAAAGAGGACAGAUGCAGCCGUACCACUUCGACAGAUUGUAAAUAGUAAAGAGUCUACAAGAAGCACAGAAGAAGAAGAAAAAGAACAAACCCUUCAUUAUGGAGAGAUUCAGUUUCUAAAGCGAAGCCCUGAACUAUCAAACUGCAGAGUGGAUGGUUCAGACACAGUCUACUCUCAGGUUAAGGUACUUGAGCCAGCAAGUCAUUUGAGGCAAAUGGCUGAUGACCCAGAAUCCCUCUAUGCUCAAGUAAAACAUCAGUGAUUUGAGAUUUAUUUUUAUUUUUACAGGAUUCUGUGUAGCUUAAUCCUUUUCAAAAUACCUCAUGUACAAAAAGACACCUGAAUG